AUGAUGUCAUCAGAGCACCUGACCUGUGGUUGGCUGCAGCAGCUACUCCUUGUACUUCUGAACUUUUGCCUCACUUUUGCUGGGCCUUUGCGACCACUCAAUGGGACCGAAUGCACAGCCAAGGGUCCUGCUUCUUACAUCCUGGUCUUUACUGGUCACUGGAGCCCACAGGCCUUCCCUAAGAUGUAUCCACUCUUCCGGCCCCCUGCACAGUGGUCCAAACUCAUAGCGGUCAGCCAUAAUCGCCAUUUUCGGUUGUGGGAGGAGGGUGCUCCAGCCAGCGCAGGGGUGCAGAACUUCGCUGAAGUCGGGGUGACAGUGGAGGUGAUGAAGGAAGCCAAGGAGGCCAGGAAGAGACGCGCAGUCGGUGCCAUGCAACGAACUGCCGGCAUCCCUAAUGGCAUUGGGCACAGCUCCACGGAGUUACUCAUGCAGCCCCGGAGCUCACUGUUGUCUCUGAUGGUAAAGAUGAUCCCCAGCCCCGACUGGUUCGUUGGCGUGGACGGCCUAAACCUCUGCGAGGGCAGCCGGUGGAAACAGGAAGUCACCAUUGACCUCCAGCCUUAUGAUGCCGGGACAGACAAUGGAUUCACUUUCUCUUCUCCCAACUUUCCCACCAGCCCCCCAGAAAACAUCACAAAGAUCACAUCUCAGAUGCCAAACCAUCCAGCCAACUCCUUCUACUAUCCACGUUUAAAGGAGCUUCCACCUAUUGCCAGCAUAAAGAUAACUCAACAGAGCAGAUCAUCUGACCGCCAAACCCCAAUGUCCAAUCAUAUUCUACCAAACUCUAUUAAUCCUAAGCGCUUCUCAGCAACACCAUUGGACUGUGAAGUGUCUCUCUGGUCAUCCUGGGGUUUGUGUCUUGGCCCCUGUUCUAGAGGUGGUGUCCGCCACCGCACACGUUACAUCCUCUUGCGGCCGGCCAAUGCUGGCGUCCCCUGCCCUGAGCUUGAGGAACAGGCUGAAUGUGUACCACACAGCUGUAUGAGACUCCAGUAACCCACAGAAUGCACAAGCACAGAUACUGCCAGUAUUCAACACUGGGGCGCUCAUGUUAUUACUGCUGGACUGAGAAGUGUUUCUGCAUUUUGAGCAUCUUCUUGAUAAUGCAAAAGGAUUUUUUUGUUUGUCACAGUCAAAUUGUGAAAAUGAAAGACCAUUAGUAUUAGAGUGUACAUCUCCUCUGGGUGUAUUUUUAAUGGCAAUAAAGGAAAAUUUAAAUCUGAGUGUAGCAGAGUGUUGGACGGUUAAUACAUGUUUAAGAUAACACUUUGAAUGUGUUCAGAUAAAAAAGGGAUUUUUAUAAAUUCAUGUGGAUGCAGAGUAAAGAAAAUUAAGAGGCAAAUGUGUCCCUCUUGAAAGACCAGUUUGAGAGUUAUUUGCUUUCAACAAAUAUAUGCAUUUAAUCUGUUUGCUUAUCAUGGCACACCAGAGUCAGGAAUCUUCCACACACUGUUACAUGUAUGCACACAUAGGUCCUUGCACAUACUGCAUACUUUUACAGGUAUGGAGGCAUUAGUUUACAUAGGUAACCCAUACAUGUUUGGCACAUGCGUCUUAUUCAAAAUAACCUGACACCCCAACCCCGAUUUAUAAAUAUCACCCUUCACAAAAAACAACUAAGAGCUUACUUGGCUUCAAACUAGUCUGAAGAAUAUAAUAAGAUAAUAAGAUACUUUUUUUUUUUUUAGAAAAGUUUUUACAGAAAGAAAGAUAAAUAUUUGUAUUAUUAUAUCUUUUGAUAUUUCAAUGUUGAUUGAUUUUGUAUAUACUGUAUAAUGUAUGUUAUCUUGUGUAACUCAUGAAUAAAUAUGGAGGUGUGUUUUUCAA